AUCUCGGGGCCGGGUACAGGCAGCCCCUGCCAGGAGCAUCGCUGGGCCGGGGGUCCAUCCCAGCCCCGGGUUGUGCCCAUGACCGACGCCGAGGAUCCGAGUCGAGCCAUGGAUGUGACCCCCAACCCCGUCACCUUCUCGCAAGUUUUUGGGCAGCAGUGCCAGCUCAUGGAGGCAGCUGUGGAGUCGCUGCACUCCCUGAACGACCAGAUCUCCCAUUUUAUCGUGAACAAGUCAAAAACUCUGGAUGAAGAUGAGGAUGCCUUUCUGCCCAGCGAGAAGGAAUCUCUGAAGAGUGCCAUGAUGCUGAUGAGGCACCUCUUAAUGGAUGCACAGGCCAAAAUCCUGCACAUGAUGGACGACAACAGGCAGCUGGCGCUGCGCAUCGACGGCGCGCUGCAGGCGGCGGGCCAGGAGGUGACGGCGCUGCGCGCGGAGCUGGCGGCCACCGGGCGCCGCCUGGCCGAGCUGGGCAGCGAGCCGCCCAUGGAGCACGGCCCGCAAGCACUGCUGAGAGAGGAGGUGGCCCAGCUGCAGGAGGAGGUGCACCUGCUCCGGCAAAUGAAGGAGAUGCUAACGAAGGAGCUGGAGGAGACACAUGGCAGCAAAUCCCCUGAGGUGCUGUCGGCCACUGAGCUCAAGGUGCAGCUGGCACAGAAGGAGCAGGAGCUGGCACGGGCCAAGGAGGCUCUGCAGGCCAUGAAAGCCGACCGCAAGCGCUUGAAGGCGGAGAAAACAGACCUGGUGAGCCAAAUGCAGCAGCUCUACGCCACGCUGGAGAGCCGCGAGGAGCAGCUCCGCGACUUCAUCCGCAACUACGAGCAGCACCGGAAGGAGAGUGAGGAUGCAGUGAAAGCCCUGGCCAAGGAGAAGGACCUGCUGGAACGGGAGAAAUGGGAGCUGCGGCGGCAAGCCAAGGAAGCCACCGACCACGCCAGCGCCCUGCGCUCCCAGCUUGACCUCAAAGACAACAGAAUGAAGGAGCUGGAGGCCGAGCUGGCCAUGGCCAAGCAAUCCCUGGCCACGCUGACCAAGGACGUCCCCAAGCGCCAUUCCUUGGCCAUGCCAGGCGAGACGGUGCUGAAUGGCAACCAGGAGUGGGUGCUGCAAGCUGACCUACCACUCACUGCUGCCAUCCGACAGAGCCAGCAGACCCUGUACCACUCCCACCCCGCACACUCGGCUGACCGGCAAGUCCGGGUGAGCCCCUGCCACUCCAGGCAGCCGUCCAUCAUCUCCGACGCGUCAGCAGCAGAAGGCGACCGAUCGUCCACGCCGAGCGACAUCAACUCGCCGCGACACCGGACGCAUUCGCUCUGCAACGGGGACAGCCCCGGACCGGUACAGAAGAACUUGCACAACCCCAUCGUACAGUCUCUGGAAGACCUCGAGGACCAAAAACGGAAAAAGAAGAAGGAGAAGAUGGGCUUUGGUUCCAUCUCACGGGUGUUCGCUCGGGGCAAGCAGCGCAAAUCCCUCGACCCAGGGCUGUUUGAUGGCACGGCCCCCGACUACUACAUCGAGGAGGACGCGGACUGGUGACCUCUCGCCCCCAACAAUGUACAGCCCCCAUGUGUGCACACCCACUCACGGUGUAAUUUUGUCCCAACCCUUCCCCCCUUGUAUUUUGAUUUUAUUUUUUUAAGCAUUCCAGUAACUCUUCCUUUGUCGUCACUUCUUUAUUUUUUUUUUUGUCGUUUGGGGGAUUAUUUUUUUUUUCUUGUUUUCUUUCGUUUGUUUCGUUUUCGUUCCCCAAACCUCCCUCCUUUUCGACAAAACUUGAAACUUGAAGGACUGCUGUGUGUCUGUAAAUAACGGGAAUCUCGUGCACUUUGUGCUUGUGACGUCUCUUGUCCGAAACCGCUGUUUUUUUUGGAGCCUGUCCUGCGUGGGGACCCCACUUCAGAGAAGGGGACCCCAACAUCUUCAGAGACAUGGAAAAAGCAAGCAAAACCAAGAAACGAAACUCACCCAAAUCGCAUUCACCCGAGGAGGUGGCAGCACACGGGCUCGUCGUAACGCCUUCUGGAAUCUGUGUUUUUUUUUUUCCCCCCCUUUCCCUUGUGUCGUUUUUAAUUUAUUUGCACAAACCCAGAGAGGAGCUAUUCUAACUAAAUUAUUACAGAAAUGUUGGGGUUUUUUUUUUUUUGUUUUUUUAAUUCUUUUUUGU